AUGAGCAUCAAAGAUGAUGGUUGCUCCGGUAAGGGGAUUCGCCGGCAGCAGACUCCAGCGAGAGUAGCAAGGGUAGCUACCGGCGAGGGACUCCGGCGAAGCAGGGCGACGGUGAGCAGCGGCGGGGAGGCUCUGGUGGCGUCGGGUCGCGGCAGGGACAGAAACGCGGCGGCCGCUGCGUGUUGGGCGGAGGCGAGCAGGGGCGGUGUGGUCUUUGGGUCGCGGGCUUCAAACAGUGGGGCGCUGCAGGGACGGCAGGAGGCCUCGAGCAGCUGGUGCGGCGGCGUUGGGCUCGUGGUCGCGGCGUCCGGUGAGCGGAGAUGGGCGGCGAAGGCACCGGAUGUUGGGCUGAGGCGAGCGGCGCGGUGGCGCGGUGAGGUCGGGAGCGACAGGCUUCGGAGCUCCGGCGUCGGCUGGGCAGGAGCGCGAUCGUCGGGGCGAGCCUCGCGAGUGGAGAAGGGGCGUUGCAGUGGCGCGACGUCGGCGAGGGCGGGAGCGCGGUCGUCGGGACGCUUGGCGUUCGGUGCUACUGGUGCGGAGCGACGAGGAGUGGCGAAUGGAGUGGCUGCGUUGCUGCGCGUCAAGGGCGAAUCCGGCGAGGCGACGGUGGGGGAGGCGCGGUGGUGCUCGGAGGGAGCGGCGAGAGGUUGCUGCGUCGGCGGCAAGGCGUGGCGACGAUACUUGCGGUGGCGUUGUGGGUGGUGCUGGUGCAGUGCUCACGGACGGAGGAGGUGCGACGCGAGCGCGGGCAGGGGCUUCCACGGGAAGAAGACGAACAGCGUGGCGGUGAUUGGCGGCAAGGGUUGGCGUGCGGUGGCGAGUGGCGAUUGGCGGCAAGGGUUGGCGGCAUGUGGUGGCGGCGGCGAUUGGCAAGCAAGGGUCGGCGGCGACGGUCGGCAAGAGUGUGGUGGUGGGCGGCGAUUGGCGACGAGGGUUGGCGGGCGUGCAGUGGUGGGCGGCAAGGGUUGGCAGGCGGUGACGGUCGGUGGGCGUGCGGUGGCGGGCGGUGACAGUCGGAAGGAGUGCGGUGACAGGCGGUGGUCGGCGGGCAUACGAUUGCGGGCGGUGAUCGGCGGCGAGGGUCGGCGGGCAGCAACAGUUGGUGGGCAUGUGGCAGCGGGCGGCGACGGUCGGCGGGCGUGUGGCGAGGGGUGGCGGUCGGCGGCAAGGGUCAACGGGCGGUGUGGUGGCAAUUGGCGGCAAGGGUCGGCGGGCGACGACGGUGUGGCAUUCGGAAAUUUUGACAACCCUCGAAUAUGCGACAGUAUGUGA